UUCCUGGUUACUUAUAUUUCUCCAGCAAUGGGUGCUUCGGUUUGCGGUAUUAGCGUCUUAUAUUUGUGGGUUCUUGCGGGGCUGCUGUGUAGGGUGGAAUCCUCGGUGCGGCCGCAAUCUGAUGCCUUGUUGCCUUUAGUAAUCAACACUUGGUCAUUCCAGAACGCUGCAGAGGCAGCAUGGCGAGUAUUAAAUUCAGGAGGAUCUCCUUUGGAUGCAGUAGAGCAAGGCUGCACUCAGUGUGAAAUAGAUCAGUGUGAUGGCACUGUGGGGUAUGGAGGAAGUCCUGAUGAAGCAGGCGAAACCACUUUAGAUGCAAUGAUUAUGAAUGGUAAGACAAUGGAAAUCGGAGCAGUUGCUAAUCUCAAACGUAUAAAGAAUGCCAUUGGCGUGGCUAGGGCUGUGAUGGAACAUACUAGACACACAUUUUUAGUUGGAGAAUCAGCGUCUUUGUUUGCUGAAAGUAUGGGUUUUACAUGUGAAGAUUUGACCACAAACAAAUCCUUUUCUAUUUAUUCAAAGUGGAUUGAUCAAGAAUGCCAACCAAAUUUUAGAAAGAAUGUGAUUCCGGAUCCUUCAAAAUCAUGUGGACCCUACAAACCUAUUAGAGGACUGGAAGAUGUAAAAGUUCACAAAGAAAUAAAUAUCAACAACCAUGACACAAUAGGAAUGAUUGCAAUUGACAAAAAUGGGGAUAUUGCAGUAGGUACAUCUACAAAUGGUGCAAGUCACAAAAUCCCAGGCCGUGUGGGGGACUCUCCAAUCCCUGGUGCUGGAGCAUAUGCAGUUAAUGCAGUAGGAGGAGCAUCUGCUACAGGAGAUGGGGAUGUCAUGAUGAGAUUCUUGCCAAGUUAUCAAGCUGUGGAAUACAUGAGACUGGGAGCAGAUCCUACUGCAGCCUGCCAGAAAGCAAUUCAAAGAAUUCAGAAGUAUGUUCCAGAAUUCUUUGGGGCGGUCAUCUGUGCCAACAUCACAGGAAGUUACGGUGCUGCCUGCAAUAAGGCUCCAGGGCUCUUGAAGUUUCAUUUUUCCGUUUUCAAACCUGGGUUGCCGCAUUCUCAAGUGGAAGUAGUGGAUUGUCUAUAGUGUGUAAAGUAAAUUAUUUGUCAUGAUCUUUAUGCACUGUAUCAGUUUGUUUGCAUUUAAUCAAGGUUUUAAACUUUUUUUGUAUUACAAUUUUGUUUUCUAAUGUCUGAACAGACUCAAAAAUACAGUGUGUUCAAUGUCACACUGUAUAUCCAUAUAAAAUAUGUCUAUCAAUGUGGAAUUUUGUAUAUUUGCAUCUGUUUAAUAAACACUUUUCUUUUGAUAAUGA